CAGAAGUUACAAGACCGAGGAAAGAUUGCUGUAGCUGGAGAUAUGCGUGCAGACUCCCCAGGGCAUUCAGCAAAAUAUGGAAGCUACACGGUAAUGGACAUGCACAGCAAUACUAUUGUGGACCUCCAGCUUGUUCAGAGCAAUGAGGUUGGUGGUAGCUACCACAUGGAGAAGGAAGGCCUAAAGAGAUGUCUGGAUCUGCUGGAGUCUACUGGUGUAGAAGUGGAUUACAUUGUCACCGACCGUCAUCCACAGAUCCAGAAGUAUCUCAGGGAACGCAGCAUAAAACUCAGUUCUAUGAUGUGUGGCACUUCGAGAAAGCUUUGUCUAAGAAACUACAGAAACUGACUAAAAACAAGGACUGUGGAUUGCUGAGGAAGUGGCAGCGUAGCAUCAGAAAUCAUGUUUACUGGUGCGCCACUUCCUCCACUAAAGGACCAGAGAAGGUGGCUAAGUGGACUUCACUGGUCAACCACCUCCAGAAUGUGCACACUCACGACAAUCCCAUCUUUCCCAAGUGUGAACAUCCACUUACAGAAUCAAAGGACCCAAAUAAAUGGUUUCAACGAGGGUCACUGGUUAUCCACAAAAUUGAGAAAGUACUGUGCAACAAGAGAGUGUUGAAGGAUGUGGAGAAGCUCAGUCAUGAUUUUCAGACAUCUUCCCUGGAGGCAUUCCGCAGCCUAAUUCUACGUUUUACACCUAAAAAUGUAGUGUUCCCUUUCAUGGGAAUGUUGUGCAGACUGUACCUUGCUGUUCUUCAUCAUAACGAAAACGCAAACCAAGAACAAGCCACAUCAACAGGACAGGUGGUGUACAAAAUGGUGUUCCCGAAAUCCAGAAAGGGGGAAUGCACAGCACGGGCAUUAAAAACGGACCCGACAUAUAAUUAUGUUGACGAGCUACUGAAGCUCGUCUUUGACGAAGUUAUUAUGGACCCCUCUCCAUUUGUGGAUGAAAUGAAGGCAAUCCCCAUUCCCACGCCCCUUUGUGCAGAGUAUGACAGACCGUCAAAGGAGGAAGCGAUUGCCCAUCAUGUUUCAAGAUUCAAUCAAGAGGUGGUCGGAAGCCAACGUAAUGACCAGCCGGAUCUGGAAACUCACGGCGACAAUGCAGGAUGGAAUGACAACACGGACACUCCGACCUAAGUAGACCCAGCACCAACUGACAAAGCUGCGGUAUGCAAGAUGGCGGAACUGCCUAAAAUUUAAGACAACCUUUUAACUCUGUGUGACCAAAUAAAACAUGUUUGUAAAUAAAGAUUGUUUGAGUUACAUAUCUUGUUCAUAUUUCAUCAUUUACGUGUUCUAGUUAUGUCAUUUAAAAAAAUGUGAUUAUUGGUAUGGUUUAUCAGACUAGACUUACUCCUCUGAUGUUCUGGCUGUAGUCGCUUCUAUAGAUGUUCUGCAGAGUAUAUGGAUUUAGACCAUUUGGUUCAAAGCCUGGAUGGAGUACCAUAUAUGUAGGUGGGACUGGAAUCUGGUUCAUUCUUCUUGAAUCCUAAAGUGAAAAAGUGUGUGUCAAAACUAUCCAGAACAAGUUGCUAUAAUAAUAUAUGGUAACACUUUAUUUUGAUGGUCCCUUUUGAACAUUGUUGACACUAAGUAAUGUUUCAACUACAUGUCAACAAACUCUCAUAAGAGUAUUAGUUGACUGUCUGCUUCAUAUCUACUAACUGUUGGUCUCCCAACAGAUAUUCUACUGACUAUAAGUAACUUUGCAAGAACAUGUCAACUUAUUCUAACCCUAACCCUACCAGUCAACUAAUACACUACUAACACUCUAAUGAGAGUCAGUAGAAAUGUAGGUGCAACAUUACUUAGUCAAUAGAAUGUAUUAAAGGGACCAUCAAAAUAAAGUGAAACCUAAUAUAUAUUAGCGUACAUACAUAAUAUAUGUAUAUGAAUCAUUCCACAAAACAGUACGAUUUGGACUUGCACAUUUUUCGAUUUUUUACCAAAAAAUAUUACUUUUCUGAACACCCCACAGCAUUAAUGACAUAAUUAUCUUCCUGAAAAACAUUCAAUAUACAUGCUUAUGUUUGUCACUUUUUAUAUAUGUUAAUGUGAUUAGUUGUUGUAGUUAUCUUAUUUUAACACGUCUUUGAAAUGGGAGCAUCCAGGCUAAUAAAAAAGAGGGUGUGUUUCCAACUAGGUCUAGGGGAGUAUGGGUGAAAACUUGAUAUUGCGGCUCCACAAUCACUACUGUGCAGACUUUGGCACCAAAUGAUGUCUCCAGUGCAAGAUUUUGGCUUCAGUUAUCCACAGUAGAAAGAAGCUGGGACGUGUUGUCCAUCUUUUUCUUACCAUCCAUGGCAGGGGUGUCAAACUCAGUUCCUGGAAGGCGGCAGCCCUGCAGUUUUUUGUUCCAACCCUGCUCCAACACACAAACCAUGUAGUUUUCAAAUAAGCCUGAAGCCUGUUUAAUUAGGGUUGGCAGUCCGACCCCCCAAGUGCCACCUCUGCGUGGGCGCGACCCAGGCAGAAGACGCACGAUUCGUGGCCAUCAGAUGGUUCGAUUGGCUCUACGCAGGAGAGGCAAUCGCAAGAGGUCAUCUUUAUCCGUCCGAAGCUCACCGGAACACAGCAGGGGAAGAGAAGGCGUGUCCGCUGCAGCGUGUAGAUCACGGUGAGUAGAAGAUUUCUUGAUAGGCUUCUUGCUGAAGGAAAAAAUACUGAAUGGAUGACGUACAAGCACUGCCUUAUAUAGAGUGGGAUCCCGCUCAUAUUUCGCGCACUUGAACGUCAUUGACCAGUUUUACUGGCGUGAUUCAAUAAGGCUUCAGUAGUAUUCGAGGAAAAGGUAUUUCCCAUAGAAAUGUAGAGUGACCGAAUUGAAGGGGAACUCUUGACACCCUUGAUCCAUGGCGACAACAGUACAUUUAGCAUAUUCCGUGGGUAGGAAUUAUUUAAAUGAGUGACAUGAGAGAUCACACUAUCUGUAAAAAGCAUUGUAGUCCAAACGAGCUGUUUGCUAUAGUAUUCCCUUCAGAACACUAUAUCUAUAUCCCUUCAUAGUGGAUUUGAGCUUUGUAACCUUGCAGAUCUAUUUUUAGAAUUAAUCAGCAACAUCACACAUUAACAAAAGUUGAAAACGUGAAAAAAAAAAAAAAAAAAACAUAA